AUGAAACUAAUGAAACACUCAACGACGGCUCCUUUUGGCCAACAGCCUCCCAAUUGUAACCAGCCACUACCACCACCAAAGCGACCCAUCUUAGCAUGGGUGAAGAAGGAAGUUCUUCCGAGCUGGUCUGCAACCACUGUAACUCCCACUUUAGGCGCCGCGAGCAUCUCGAGCGCCACACUCGUCGUCAUCUCGAGUUGCGUCCUUUUCCGUGCCAGUGGUGUUCAAGGUCGUUUUCCAGAAACCAGAGAUUCCUUGAAACGACAUGUCAUCACUCAUGGACCCAGCGCGGUCAGGUCGUACGCAGCUACUGCAUCCCAAGAAGCGAAACGGGUCUCUCGGGCUUGUGUGAAGUGCACGAAGUCAAAGCAACGAUGCAACGGCCAGCAACCAUGCGAUCGAUGUCGGAAAAAACGUUCGAUCUGCGAAUACUCUAUGCCAUCCUCGGGUCGAUCGGUCCGAGGUGAAGAGACUCAAUCCCUAUCCCAUCAGUCUCCACCUCCGGCUGAGAUUGAUCUCGCUCAAGCCGAAGCAUACCAACAAGGAACUGUAGCACAUACUGGCUCCCUUGUUCCUCCUGAUGUCUCUCAGACAACGGAACUGAUGGAUUAUAUCUUUAAUCCGUUCCCGUUCAUGGCGCUCGAUAAUGUCGAUCUUAGUCUUGCCGGUUUCCCGGCGCCAUUCUUUCUGGACUCAAAUCCACAUAGUGCAGGGUUUCCAAAUGAGCAUCUACACUCACUAUCAUAUGGUACCCCAAAUAUAGCGUCAUUUGAUGAUGGAACUCGGUAUUCAAACGGAGAGCACUUCUCUGGUACUCCAAUGUUCGCCGAUCCGAAUUCGUUGCCUACCAAUUCUCAAUCCAUGGCAACAACCAAAGAAACAGCCAUUCUACCAGCAGAGCAUAAUCAGCAAAAGAGUUCCACUAGCAACAUUCCUGAGUCCACAUCUGAUGAACAAGAAAUUCUAGCGACCGAGGACUUCUGCCACGUCGAACGCGUCUCCGAAGAUGCGUACAACGCCAUCUUGAACUUCUAUCGUGAACACUGUCAGAAAUCCAACACACCACAGUUGACGCCUCCAAGUAUCCAGGUCGUCAACACAUUCAUUCAACUAUAUUUUGAACAUUUCCAUCCUGUCAUGCCCAUUAUUCAUCGCGCUUCCUUCAAACCUACGUCUGAGAAAUGGAUUCUCGUUGCGGCAAUCGCAUCCGUUGGGUGCCAGUACUCUCGCAUUCCUACUCGAUCUCAAAUGCACACCUUCUUCUGGCGUCUUCUUCAAAGUAUCAUUCUAAAUCUACCCAUGCAGCGACUUCUUCGCAACGACGAAGUCUAUGUAGCUCAAGCCGUCCUGCUGCAUAAUCUGUCGCUAUUCGACGGUUCAAAGAACACCGUCUGCACGAUGCAAUAUCAACGAAACAUUCUCAUCACGUCAUGUCGACCAUUUCUUGUGGGACACGCAUCACCGUUCACUCGGUUGUCGUCCAUAAACCUGAAAGAAAAUGGCGAAAGCUGGUCGCAGUGGAUAUUGUCAGAGUCUUGGAAACGCACUAUUUAUUACACCUGGGUGCUUGAAUGCUUCCAGUUGAUCUUGUUUGAUUUGCCUCCUUCGUUGGCGAUCUGGGAACUGAGAGUCGGGCUGCCUUGCGAUGACGAUUUAUGGAAUUGCCCCGACUCGGGUGAAUGCGAACGUCAGUUUCAAUCUCAGGAAGACCCUCCCAGCCUUGUUCAUCUCUUCAGCUCCUUCAACACCAACAACACGAUCCAAUCACUUGGAAAAACCACCAGUCUCAUCAUCAUGAUAUCACUAUUCUCUGAAGAGAAAACACUCCGCAAACAAGCUCAAUGUCUCCCGUACUCUACCUUCCUCUCAUCUGCCGAUCCUCCAUCCCAACUCAACAAUAUUCCCAACAUCUUGGCCUCCCAAUUCAAAGACCUCGAUCCAUCUCAACGCCCCGGCUCAGAUAAAUUCACCCUAUCUCCUCAACAACAGAAACUCUACCACUUCCUUUCCAUCCUCCGCCACAUUCCUCCUAACACCAUGCACGCGUCCUACGGCUGGAUGACCACAAAAGCCGAGGCCGAGAUCGCAGAUUCCCAAGUUGCCGAGCUCAUGAGGGACGCGAAACAAGCACGGGAGUCCCUAGUACACGCAGCGCAGUUAUUUCGGCUCCUUCGCGAACAGAACAUAGUGACGUUCUAUGACCCAUUCUGUCUGCUGAUCGCGACGCAGUAUAUUCGUAAAUACACACGCCAUGUACUUGAGGAGCGCGGGGAAGCAAGGUCAGAAGUAUCGGGACCCCCUUUUCGCAUUGACCGAUUGACUUCCGAAGAACAGAAGGCUUGGAUCCAGACUGGAGAUGCAGGAUCUGGUAUCCACGUCACAGGUAUCGGGGUGUUGGAGAAACCGGGUAGCUCGUCUCGGGCAUUCAAGGAGGCGGCGAGGAUUCUGAGGGGAAGUGUGGCUUGGGCGAGGAUCAGUCAGAUGAUUGCGCGCUCUUUGAUGCAGUCGCUGAGGGGGGAGAUGUUGACCAUGCCGGCUUAG